AUCAGUGGCGAGCUGUUCACGUUGAGUUAUGGUGCGUUGGUGGCCGAGUUGUUGCGCGACUUGGAAAACCCCUUGGAGGUGAACAGACAGUUGGAUAAAAUGGGUUACAAUAUCGGCCUGAGAUUAGCAGAUGACUUGCUGGCCAAGAAUGCGCAAGUGCAGCGUUGUACUGACAUGCAUCAGGUAGCCGAUGUGCUGGCCAAAACGGCAUUUCGUAGUUACCUCGGAGUGACAGCUCAGGUGUCGAACUGGAGUGCCGGCGGUGACGAAUUCUCGCUCAUCCUUGAGUCAAAUCCUCUCACGGAAUUUGUCGAAAUCCCCGCUGAAUUGGCACAAGAUCUCAGGUAUUCACAAAUACUGUGUGGUGCAAUUCGCGGUGCCUUGGAGAUGAUGCACAUGGAAGUUCAGACGUUCAUUGUGCAGGAGCACAACCAGAGCACAGAGAUCCGGGUGAAGUUCAUUCGAAUUUUGCAAGAAUCAGUUCCGCCCGGAGAAGACGAUUGA